AUGCCGUCGAUAUCGGGACAGGGGUCGCCGGUCGCGACCGCGUCGGCUUUGCCAGGGGAGGUCAUGGUGCGCGAGCCCCCCGCUCCAGCCGUAGCCGAGUCCCCUGCGCCCCCAUCGGCGCACGAUGAGGUGGUCAACAAGCUUCUGCAGCGGCCGAUAGUGCAUCGGAGCAACUCGACGCCGGUGCCACCAGCGCCGGCGGCAAUCGGUAAAGACAUCCAUCGCACGCUGUCUGGGACGGCCUCGCCGAACGACGCCCGCGCGCAGAGCUCGAGCGAGUCCAUCCGCGACUCGCCGCUGUCGACCAUGCUCCGCGGCCCGCUCGACGCUUCCGGAGGAGGUGUCACGCGCGCCCUCGGAUCGCACAUCGAAGCCGUCUUGUCCGCGCAAGUCGAGAUCGGCCGCGCGCAUCUCGCUCUCGAGGGGAUUGGGGCGGUUAAACCGGCAGGUCUUGACCUCGUCAACCCGCCCCAAGGAGAGGGGGAAGAGGAGGCGCAGAGAGUCGCGGACGCCGCGGACGCCGACGAGGCCGACCUGCUACGCCGCCAGAAGGGCGUCGAGGAGCUCAUGGCCAAGCUGUCCGAGCUCGCGACGUCCAUCAAAUCCUACCAUGCCAUCGGCACACCCGCGCACAUCUUCCCGACAUUCCCGCAGCACGCUACGCCAGCGAAACUCGCCGGCCUGCCCAGAGUCGCCAUCGCCAACCCUGCUAUGGCGCGCAACGAGUUCCUCCCCACGUCCGCGGACAGCCUCCCCGCGCCUGAACCCCGCCAGUUCCCGCCAAACCAGUCUGCCGCGACGACCAAGUUGCUCACCCCCAUUUCGCCCGCUGCAUCAGUGGCGCGCCGAGGUGUGCAGACCUGGUUCCGCAAGAAUGAGGGGAUCGCGGAUAGCCCGACCGAGCUCACGCCGGUCGAUAGAGACGGGGAGAGCAUGCGCAAGCGGCCAUGGUGA